AUGAUAUCUUUGCGGCCUUGUCUCCUGCGAGGAGCUCGUCUAACUGCACUCAAAGUUCCGCCACGGUCAUGGGAUAGCCAUAUGCAUGUGGUGGAACCUGAGCGGUAUCCUGUCGCCGCCAAUGCUAUGUAUCAACCUUCACCGCACACAGUACAAGACGCCCUGAGCUUCGAAUCCUCGUUGGGCAUUGAAAACGUCGUUCUUGUGCAGCCAUCUAUCUAUGGAACCGACAACUCCUGCCUCCUGGACGCACUCAAAGAAAUCGGACCCUCACGCGGACGAGGUGUGGUGGUUAUCGAUCCAGCCAACAUCGACGCUAAGACCCUUAAUUCAUGGCAUUCCCUCGGAGUCCGCGGCGUGCGGGUGAAUCUCAAAUCUGUCGGCAAGGUCAUGGAUGAAGGUGAACUGGCAGAGACCCUGUUGCAGCAUGCGGAAGUUGUCCGUCCACUCGGAUGGAUGAUUCAAGUCUACGUCUCUUUGGAUAUGCUUCCUAUGCUCGAGCGAAUUGUCCCCCAGCUAGGGACCAAAGUUUGCAUCGACCACUUUGGCGGCCCAGACCUUUCUUCGAUUUCGUUGGUUGCCGAGACCCCCUUUGAUCCAUACACUCUCCCCGGAUUCUCGUCAAUGAUAUCCCUUCUCCGUGCCGGACAAACCUACGUGAAGAUUUCUGCACCAUACCGUUUGAGCAAGGACAGCCAGAUGCGUGACCUCCAAGCGAUGGCCCAAGAGUUCCUGCGCGUGGCCCCAAACCGAGUUCUCUACGCGAGUGACUGGCCACACACCCGAUUCGACGGAAUCAACAUCAGCCCUUUUACACAGUCGUGUCUCAAAUGGUGUGCAGAGAAGUCCGGACUGGCUGAACGGAUUUUCCGGAAGAACACAGAAGAGUUGAUGGAUGGAGAGCAUGAUAAUUAA